AUGUCUGGAACGCCCCGAUUCAGCAACACCACCAGACUUCCUGAGCCAACCAAGAUGCCCGACUCGCCGUCGAUAAUUAGCACUGACGGGAGGUGCAAUGAGACCAUCGGCUGCGUAGGUUCCGGCUUUGGUGAUUGCUGUAGUACCAGUGGCUACUGUGGCUCUGGACCAAUGUGGUGCGGCAUCGGCAAUUGUGUUUCUGGAGCCUGUAAUUUCAGUCCCGGCCAGGUCACUACGGAUGGGACUUGCGGGCCCCUUUUCCCGGGUGAUAAAAUAUGUGUUGGCUCUAAGUUUGGUGACUGGUGGGUUGCAAUAUGA